AUGGCCAACGCAGAUGGCAGCUCUGCUCCCAUUCAUGAUGCACCCGAACCUUUCAGCCCUACCUCGUUCGACGGAAAUCCCGCUGAUCUAAUCAUCGAAUCCUCUGACCAAGUCCGUUUCUGGGUGCACUGGGCAAUUCUGAUGUUUGUCUCUAGUACAUUCAGAGACAUGAAAACGAUGCCACAGCCUCUGUCAGGGAGCGACGACGUGAACCCUACACACGAGGGAAGACCCAUUAUCUGUCUGUCAGAGCCUGCUGUUGUGCUGCAAAAGUUUCUGCUGCUGUGCUACCCGCGCCUGUCAGCGACGAGGCUCGGGCUCGAAAUAGUCGAUCUUGACGGAAUAAACGGGGCCUACGAGGCAAUGGAGAAAUACGAUGUGACGGGCGGCACGGCUGAAAUUGAAAAACUGCUGGCUGCACCGCGUUUCGUUGACAAUGAGCCACACCGAGUGUUUGCCAUUGCCUGCCGUCAUGGUCUGGAGUCUCUCGCCAAGAAAGCCGCAAAAGCGACCCUUAAUACACCACUUUUCUCGAUGUACUGGCCUACUGGUGGUCCGCCACCGGAGUACGAUGUUCUCCCCGCCAUUUUCCUAUGGAGGCUUGGCAUCUUCCACCAGAGCUGUUGCGACGCAGUAUGCACUCUGCUCCGCGAAUCGUGUGACACGGGAGACUUGGCCGAAGUUGAACGUAUGAAUGGACAUAGCAACCCAUAUGCGCCAACCCUCGGAUAUACUGCAGUGUGGUGGACUCUGGAUCGUGAAGCUCUUGGUACACAUCAUGCGGAAGGGUGUGGGCCAGUAGUGAGCACAACUGGCACCGUUCAGCCUUCCCUGUGGUUCCAGGCACACGUCAAGGAGUGUUUCGAACACUUCCACAACUCUGCGGAUGUCCGCGUCAUUGCACCAACACUUGCCAUACUCUCUCCACCCCAGGAAAACCAGAUCGACGGAUGUGGUAUCUGCCUCAAAAACGCCAGAACUGAUUUGGGUCUCUGGGGAGAAGAAAUACAAGUUUUUGCCUCCCAGCAAAUCCAAGACAUAUUAGCAUCAACCAAGUUUUGUUGA